GAAAGUAAGAUGGCUGACUAGGACGUCAACAUUUAAUAAAAUUACGCAAUUUCUCAUUUAUUUCAUUAAAUUAUGUUUGAUUUUCUCUAAAAGUUGUUAUUAUUGUUAAUUGUUAGGAUGAAGAGUCGGUUUAGUACGAUCGAUAUCACUGCCGUGAUACGAGAGUUGUUGAGGUUUGUGAGUAUGCGAGUGAUGAAUGUGUAUGAUGUUGACAACAAAACCUACCUCAUUCGGCUUGGAAAACCUGAUGAUAAAGCAGUGAUUCUCCUUGAAUCUGGUAUCAGAAUACAUAGCACCGAGUUUGAAUGGCCGAAAAAUCCAGCUCCUUCAGGAUUCUCUAUGAAGAUGAGGAAGCACCUGAAGGGUCGUCGUCUAGAGAGUGUUGAGCAGCUUGGUGUGGAUCGUAUCAUCGACCUGACAUUCGGCUCUGGGGAGGCAGCCUACCAUGUCAUCCUGGAACUUUACGACAGGGGCAACAUAGUGCUGACAGACUACACAUACACGAUCCUGAACAUCCUACGUCCCCGCACUGACCAGAGUCAGGACGUGAGGUUUGCUGUGCGUGAGAUGUACCAGGUUGAUGCGGCGAAACAACACACACUGCCGACAGAGGAAAGUCUUCGGGAAAUCCUUUUGUCCGGGAAGGCUGGAGAUCCAUUGAAGAAACUACUGAUUCCUCACCUUGAUUAUGGACCAGCGAUGAUAGAGCACUGUUUGGUGACAGCUGGCUUCCCAGACAGUGUGAAAAUUGGCAAGGGUUUUGAUAUAACAACAGACAUGGCUAAGUUGCUAGUUGCAAUAGAGGAAGCAGAAGCCCUGUUUGAUAUGUUCCAGAAUCAGGACUGCAAGGGUUAUGUUGUGAAGCGGAGUGAGAAGCGGCCCAAUGCGAAAGAUGGAGAGCCGUCCGAACUGCUAGUUUUUGAUGAGUUCCACCCCUACCCCUUUAAACAGUACGAGAAAAAACAUGUCGAGGAGUAUCCAUCAUUUAACAAAGCGGUGGAUGAGUUUUACUCCCAGAUGGAGGGACAAAAGAUGGAGCUGAAAACACUGCAUCAGGAGAAGCAGGCGUUGAAGAAGCUGGAUAAUAUCCGCCGUGACCACGAGAAGCGUGUGGAUGGGCUCCAGCGGGAACAGGAAGUGGACAAACUCAAGGGCCAGCUCAUAGAGAUGAACCUCGAUAUGGUUGAUAGGGCCAUCUUGAUUGUACGAAGCGCAAUUGCUAACCAGAUAGACUGGACAGAGAUUCAUAACCUGGUGAAGGAAGCCCAGAUGGACGGAGAUCCCGUCGCCUUGGCAAUCAAGGAUCUUAAACUCGCUACGAACCAUAUCACCAUGCUGCUAAAGAACCCAUACAUUACGAGUGACUAUGAAGAUGACAGUGAAGAUGACUACGCCAUCAAGCCCCAGAGGGUAGAGAUUGACCUCGCCAUCUCCGCAUACGCUAACUCAAGGAAGUGCUUUGAAAAGAAGAAGCAUGCUGCAGUGAAGGAACAGAAGACACUCGAUGCCUCAACAAAGGCCUUGAAAUCUGCUGAGAAGAAGACAAAAGAGACCCUGAAAGAAGUGGCCACAGCGGCCUCCAUCAACAAGGCCCGCAAGACAUUCUGGUUUGAGAAGUUCCUGUGGUUUAUCAGCUCUGAGAACUUCCUGGUAAUAGGUGGACGAGACCAGCAGCAGAACGAGCUUAUUGUGAAACGUUACUUGAAGCAAGGUGACGUGUAUGUGCAUGCUGAUCUUCAUGGAGCCAGCAGUUGUAUCAUCAAAAAUCACACUAGUGAACCUGUUCCACCAAAGACAUUAAAUGAGGCUGGCACAAUGGCAAUCUGUAACAGUGCAGCAUGGGACGCCAAGGUGGUGACGAGCGCCUGGUGGGUUAACCCCUCCCAGGUCUCCAAAACAGCACCCUCUGGGGAGUACUUGACCACAGGGUCAUUUAUGAUCAGAGGAAAGAAAAACUACCUACCACCAUCUUACCUGAUAUACGGUUUCGGUCUCUUGUUCAAGUUAGAGGAGGGCAGUAUGUCGCGGCAUGCUGGUGAGCGGAAAAUCCGGGUUACUGAGGAUGAUGAUGAUGUUAUGUCCAUAGCCGACUCCAUGGCAACAGAGGUCACCCUUGAAACCACUUCCGACCAGGAGGAUGAGGAUGACGAGGAGACACAGGACCUGGAGGAGAGGGAGAAUGAGGAGGAAAGUGAGAGUGAACAAGAUGAGGAACAGGAUAGUGCCAAUAGUGAAAAGACUGAUGCUGAAACACAUGCCAUCAAACAAACUAAAAAUGAACCAGUCAUAGAAAGUGCUGAAAGUGAUAUUGGAAUAUCUGGUGGUGAGGGGAGUGAGAACACCAGUGGUAAAAGUGCUCAGGUGAAGUCAGAAGGCGAGGUGGUGUUGGUGAAGCAGUGUGCAGAAAGGCCUGCAAGGCCAGUCAUCGAGUUCCCAGAUACAGAGAUCAGUCUCCACCAUGUCAAGGGAGACAAGUACGAGUUAGCCCGGUGUAUUUCCAACCAAAGCGAUGACAGUGACAAGAUAUAUCUCGGGGAUGAGCAACCAGUCGAGUUUGGCGACAAGAUCAACAAUAGUGGACCUCGGCUGUCCGCCAAACAGCGCCGAGAGAUGAAGAAGGCAAAGAAACAACAGCACCAGUUACCUCCCAUGCCCGGGGAGAGGGAACAAGGGGAGGACAUUAAAGAAGAGGUGGUUGCAGAGAGGAGACAGGGGGGUAAACAGGGGGAGGCAGAAAAGGGACAUGAAAGUGAAAAGAAAAGAAGAGGCCAGAGAGAGGAGAAGGAGGAAAUACAACUGCAGCCUAAGCGAGGACAAAAGGCCAAACUGAAAAAGAUGAAGGAUAAAUACAAGGACCAGGAUGAGGAAGAGAGACAACUCCGCAUGGAAAUACUUGCUUCUGGAGGCAGUAAAAAGGAGGAGAAGAAAAAGAAGAAAGGCAAAAAGGGAGAAGACCGGGGCCGGCCCCAGUCUGCCAGUCAACAGCAGCCACAACAGCUGAACAAACAACAACAACAGCAACAGCAGCAAAAGAGGAAACUUGAGCUUGUUGAUAUUAUCAUUAAGGAUGCUGAUAAUAUCUCCACUGAAGGCGUGACGGAGAAGAAUCUGGCUGUGGAGGGAGGUGAAGAAGAGGACAAGAUUGAGGAAGAGGUCAACACUGGCACAGAGGAUGUACAGACGUUGAACUCCCUGACUGGUAUCCCCAUGUUGGAGGAUGAGCUGUUGUUUGCUGUACCAGUCUGUGCUCCAUACAACGCCCUCACCAACUUCAAAUACAAAGUAAAACUUCUUCCAGGCUCAACAAAAAGAGGAAAAGCUGCCAAGUUGGCGUUGAACAUGUUCCAGCAAGAUAGAUUGAUUACCAGCCGUGAGAAAGAUCUUGUGAAGAUUCUCAAGGAUGUAGACAUGUCUCGUAAUAUUCCUGGCAAGGUGAAGGUCACAGCUCCAAACCUUCAGAAGUCAAAGAAGAAAUAACCUGUUCCACCGGACAAACUAAACUCAAAGUGUCAAUUUAUAUAAACUGACUACAAUGACUUUACUCCGUUUGACUUAAUGUAAUGCUACGUGAAUGUGAGAAAUGUUGGCUCAGAAGAAAUAACAGUUGCUGGUCAAAUAAUAUUGUGUUCAACUUAAUAUCUAUAUGAACACAUUUUGCAAUGGCUUUUAUGAACUAUUGGUGUAAAUUGUGAAGGCUUAUUUGUUUAAAAAGAAAUAUUUGUUACUUAAAACAAUUGACAUAAUACAAUAAAAGAUGUAAAGAAGCUUAAUUUAAAGUAUCAUAUGAAUUUAUUCGGCUUUAAAUUUGUGUUGAACUUUGUUACUUCCUGAUGGAAAUAAAACAUGAGAAUUUG